UUCAAUAAUACUCGGUAGCUCGCCUCGCUCGCGAACAGAUCGCGGCGGUAGAUGUUCACGUCAACAACGUGAUAAAGAAGGGACGAGACGACCCACGCACCCAGACAUCGCGAGUUUAUUGCUUUAAAGAGGAGAAUGCCAGCUAUAAUAAAAAACUCCGACUUGGAGUUCGACUCCUUACAGCCGUGUUUCUACCCAGACGAGGAUGACUUCUAUUUCUGCGGACCAGACGCAGCACCGCCGGGCGAAGACAUCUGGAAGAAAUUCGAACUCUUGCCCACUCCUCCUCUCUCGCCAAGUCGGGCAGCACUUCCAGGGGACGCGGGGGAUCUGGACGCCGGAGCUGGGGAUUGUUCGCUGAUGGGGUUUGGAUUAGGAGACCCGCUGGACUGGGCUUCCGAGCUGCUGCUACUACCGGAGGACGACAUUUGGGGCGCGUCAGAUGGUGACCUCUUUGGCUCCGCUCUGGAUACUACGGACAACUCCAUAAUCAUUCAGGAUUGCAUGUGGAGUGGCUUCUCCGCGCGGGAGAAGUUGGAGCGGGUGGUUAACGAGAAGCUCGGGAAAGCCAUCUCCACCGUUACCGGUUCUGGAGUUAAAAGCACUACAGUCAAGAUGCCGGAGCUAAACCGCUCCAUAUCGGAGUGCGUGGACCCUACAGUCGUGUUUCCGUUCCCCGUUAACAAAAGAAACGCAAGCAGCAGCCAAAGUGCGAGCCAGUCACGGACCGUGGCCAUGCCAUCGAUCAACCGGGGCGCAGACGACACACCGAGUGACUCCGAUGAAGACGAGGAUGUGGAUGACGAUGACGACGACGACGAUGAUGAUGAUGAUGAUGAUGAAGAUGAUGAUGAGGAGGAGAUUGACGUUGUGACCGUGGAGAAGCGGCGAUGCACCAACAGCAAGGCUCUCAGUGGCAUGGGGCAGACUGGCCCUGCCCUGCAAGCUGGCGCCCGCCCAGGUUCUGGGGCAAGCAGGGCUCAGCAGGAGCUCAUCCUGAAGCGCUCGGCAGCCGCCUCUAUCCACCAGCAGCAGCACAACUAUGCUGCCCCCACCCCCUUCACCGAGCAGCCAGCCCUGCCCUCAGCUCCCCCCAGCAAGAAGCCCCGGUCUGAGGGCGGCACAAACCUGAUCCGCAUGGCCAGGGCCAACACCCCCUCGCCUAGCUCCCCCACAGGCUCUGUUCCCCAGCGACCGAGGCGGAGUGACGGUGGCAGCCCACGCGCCUCCGACUCAGAGGACAGCGAGCGGCGUCGCAACCACAACAUUCUGGAGCGGCAGCGUCGCAACGACCUGCGCUCCAGUUUCCUGACACUGCGGGACCACGUGCCCGAGCUGGCGCGCAACGAUAAGGCGGCCAAGGUCCUCAUCCUGAAGAAAGCUGCCGAAUACGUGACUUCGCUCGAGACCCAGGAGCUCCGCCUCCGGCAGGAAAGGGACCGCCUCCAGAGCCGGCGCCAGCAGCUCCUCCGUCGUCUGGAGCAGGCCAGGACUCGCUGAGCACCAGCCACUCUACCGCGAGCACCCCCUGGCUAACGGCCGGCGGCCUGACGCAAACUCUUUAGGGACACUCACUGUCGUCACUUUUUUUGCACAUUUUUUGACGUCAAGAAUGUUUAGGGUUUACUUUGUCACUCCAGUUACAUCAAGGAAAAGGAAGAGUAUAUACAAGCAUAGCAGAAGCAACGAGAAGGAGAAGGACAGAGAUGUGAGAAUCUCUCACUCUGUCCUGUGGUUUUGUUUUCUCCGUUCUUUUUCCUUUUUUUUUUCCUUUCUUUUUUUUUUUUUUUUUUUUUUUACUCCAGCGCUGACCGACGAACCCUCCCUUCCUCAGACUUUCACGGGAACGGCGUUCCGGAACGCUGAAGCUGAAAAUGAGCGCGCAAUAAAACUCUCACACAUGCACACGCACACACACAAACGUACACACACAUGCACGCGCACAAACGUGUACACACACACACACACACACACACACACUUUGCCUUCACUGUUACUUCAGAAAUGACACGAAAAUAAGUAGACUUAAAAGAAAGGCCCCAAGCCUAGCCCAGCAGACUUGGCUCUUUCCCACACCUCUCACUGGUGUUCUAACCUGGGACGUACCUCUGCGCACCUUGAUGUCAGUCACUUUUGUAAAUAGAUAGCUAAGAAUUAAACACUCUCGCUCUGCCUUGUUUUUGUAUACAGAACUGUCUUUGGGGUUUUAUAAAAAUGUCAGAAAAGCUGCCAAGAACUGGACUAGAAGUUUAUAUACAUUUUAAUAAGUACUGUAUGGCCUCAAUUUGUGAGGAGCUUUGUAAUAUAAUGAUAUAUUGUUAUUGUUUUCAUUUCUUAUAACUCCUCUUGGUCCCCCACAUGAUACUUACUAAUAUCCACACCUAUGCUUUAGUGUGCUUCUGAUACAUACUAAAUUUGAUACUUAUAUUUUCGUAUGAAAAUGAGUUGAGUAGAUAUCACUAUCUUGUUUUAUCUCUUUUCUCUUUUGUAUAGUGUUUGUUUUGUCCUCAUUUACUUUGCUCUCCUCUGUUUGUUUAUCUAUUUGUAACUGUCUGGUUUAUAGAAGUUGGUCAAUGGGAAUGUAUGGGGAUUUUUUUUUUCUCUUUUUCUUAUUGUAUAUUUUUUAGUGCUUGCAACUCAUAGCACUUUUGAAAUACCUCAUUUUGCAAAAUAAAUAGGCUUUGAAAACAAA